GACAGAUAGAAAACAAUGAAAACCGCGCAACAAGAGCUGGAUCAUUUAUGAUCUACAAGGCUAACAGCCUUGUUUUCUCCAAGCCUUUCAGGGCUCUGUACUUCUUGUUAUGCCUAGCUGAAAGGGUGCCUUGGUUCAGCCACACGCCACACGCCGCGCACUGGCAUGAUUGGCUACACAGGUUGUCUAGCAGGGGUAUCUCCUCAGCCACCCCCGCUUUGAGCAUGCGCCACGGCUGGCCAACAUUGAACUCCAUGCACAACAGCGAUUAUUCCUAUACUACUGAGUGUGGCUAUGUCCGUGUAGUUGCUGUGCAUGACAGAAAAGCUUUUCGCUGUUCUAACUAACUAGACAAUUUGAUAACUGAUCUUAUUAGUUGAUACUCAAUAUGGGUUAGUUUUCCGUUCUCUUCGGGGGGCAUUGUGAUUUCUUUAUCCGAGUUCUCAAGUGUAUUGUAAUGAGGCUGUGAGAGCUACCACCACAGAUACAGAUGGUAUCGUCUUGUCUUGCCUGUGAGGACGAGUCCCCCCACAGGUUGCCCUACAUGUC